GAGCUCGGAAUCUGUGCUGACUGCUGAGAGCCGUUCUAAGAAGCGCUCCUCACUGCCAGCCCUAAAUGGAAGAACCAGUUGGGUUUGUACUACACAAGAUUGACGCUGAAAUGCAAUGAGGCUAAGGAAGUGGGAACACCUAGAGAUGAACAGCCUUCAGUUCGUAAUAAAGUUCACGGCUGAUGAACUGUCUGAGAAAAUGGCAUUCCCAUUGCAACUUGCGAGUUCAAGAGAAAUUGCUAAAUUUGCUGAACUGAUUUAUCUAAAGGGGCCUAGUGGCAACCAAUGGGAGGUCAAAUUGUCAAGGAAAGGAGAUCGAUUAUAUUUUGAAGAUGGUUGGAAGGAGUUUGUCAAAGAUCAUCAUGUGAUGGAAGAUGACUAUUUGGUCUUCAAAUAUUGCGGGAAAUCAUGCUUUACUAUUCUAUUUUUUGAUAAAAAUGGUUGUGAGAGCCCAUCUUCCUACUUUGUUAAAAAGGGAAGGGUUUCUGCAUCUACCAAACUAUUGCAAGCUAAGCAAAAGUAUAUGUCUAAGAGUUCUGAAGUUAAUGAAUGUUCAACAACGAAAGUAGGAGAUUUUUAUGGUGAACAAUUUUCAUCAGAUGAUGAUACUUUUUCUGGUGGCUUUUAUAGUUCUGGGACUAGUCAUUCCAAGAGAGAAAUUUUGCCUGAGAAGUCGAAAAAGAAGAUGAAGAAAAAUAGUUUACAGGCUGAAGCCCGGGCUCUGAAUUUGGCUAAGUCAAUCUCCAAAAGAAAUCCUUGCUUUCUUGAAGUUCUAACGACAAGCAGCAUAAGAACUAAGUUUAUUCUGGUAAUUCCUGAGGACUUUGUGAUGGACUUCAAGCUCUUUAAUCCGCAGAUAAUUAUUCUCCAAAACCUACGUAAAAAGGAGUGGUUAGUUGAGUACACCCGUUUGGGUUUAUCUUGGAUUCUAUUAUGGAAAACUUUCGUCAAAGAUAAUAACUUCAGAGAAGGAGAUGUCUGUGUCUUUGAGCUUACAGUCACUCGUCCUAAAAUGGUAAUGGUGGUUCAUAUUUUCAGAGCUUGCUGAAUUGCUCGGUGAUAAGGAAAUAUUUAAGGAAAUAUUUCUUUUUUAUGGAAGAAAAAUCUCACUUUUUGUGUGAAUUAAGAUGUUCUGAAGCUUUUGGCCAUAAUGAAUGAUGCUUUUGUAUCUAAUGGGAUAUAAUGGGAACACAUCCAUGUUUUGUUUGAUGAAAUGGAAGUUGGAAAAAAAAUGUU